CCCCAACAUGGUCGACUGUCUGUAAUGUAAUAUUAAUGCACAGGCCAACGUCUCUCUAUUCUGCUCUUUUCGUCUGUAAAACAGUCUCUUUUCAGUUUUGUAUUCGUUCUUUUUCCUCUCAUUGUUAUUUCUCAUAGCCACCCCGCAGUGAGUUCACAAAUAUUCCAAAUCUAUGGACCAAUCUCAAGUGGGGAGGCACUUGAGACCAGCCAAUCAUAUUAAGUGUUUCCGCCUCAGCUAUUGAUUGGUGGGAUUUGACUUUGACGUCGCUUACCGCGUUUUCAUUGGUUGAACCGAGCCCAAACUCCGCCCUCGCAGGAAAUUACGCGCGCUCAAUGGCUCGCGAGUCCAAUCGCUCCGCCCCCUGAUGGCAAGAUGUAAAGUUGAGCUUGGUUAGGAAAAUGUCGGAAGGCUCAGAGUGCUCUCCAAUCUCCACUCGCUAUCAAGCCAGUGCUAUCAUAUUACUGGAAGCCAGAUCUAAGCUCAUUUGCUCGUUCUCAUACAGCAUUAACUGUAACGAGCCUUCAGUAAAAACUGUGAGAGCCACGUGCCACAAGACGUCCGCAGCCGCGAGCCGCCUCUGCCGCGGGCACAACACAAGUGAUCAGGUGCCGAGCCCUUGUGAGGACGCACUUUUAUCCGUAGUGCCGCCAGUGUAACUCUUGACCUGAAGGUGACUCAAGAGUGCCAUCCAGUCUGUGAUCCAUAUCUUUGGCGCCAGUGAGGAGGUGCGGCGCCCCCUCCCCGCAGGUGUCUCAUCAUCGAUUGGCCCAAGGUGACUCUUGACUUUUACAAUACUGAGGUUGUCGAGUUCGUUUCUUUUGUUACUCACCUCGGGGCCUCUUGAACCUCAGGGGCUCGCUCCUUCACCUGGCUCCUCCUGACGCUGUUUACCGCUUGGCUGGCCAUUAACACCAGCCGCCCUCGCUGCCCUCCUUGUGCCCUGGGCGGUGCGGACGCGGCGGGGCCCUGGCUUGGGGUGUCGAGGCGCCGCGGCGAGCGUCACCCGAGGGCAGCGCUGACACAUGACCAUGUUGGGGUAUUAGGUCAUGAGUGGAAGCCCCAGGUCGAGCCAGCCCUUCUCCGUGACCUCCCUGCUCAGCCCUCUGGACACGCUGGCCUCGACCGUGGACGUGGCAGCAGCAGCAGCAGCCGCAGCAGCAGCAGCAGCAGGACGUGGCUCGAGUGCCAGCAGCAGCACCAGUAGCGGUGCCCUUGCUGCCUCAGGGAUUGCCGCCUCAGCCUCCGUCAACGACUUCGCCGCCGCCAUGCAGAACCCGUACGGCAUGAGCCCCAUGGCGCACAUGGCGCAGUUCGGCACUCACUCCACCUACCAGUACUGUAACACGGACCUCUCCCACUACGCCACCCCGGCCUCCGCCUCCUGGUACGGCACCUCCACCUCAGACCCCAGAUUUGCAAUUUCGCGCCUCAUGGGCGGUUCCAACAUGAACAUGAACAUGGGCAACGUGACCUCCCUCUCCACCUGCAGCAUGGCGGACAACAAGGCCAUGCAGUUCCCUCUCUCCCAGCGAAGGAAACGCAGGAUUCUCUUCACUCAGGCGCAGGUGUAUGAGUUAGAGCGACGCUUCAAACAGCAGAAAUACCUGUCGGCGCCUGAGAGGGAACACCUGGCGUCGCUCAUCAACCUUACGCCGCAGCAGGUGAAGAUCUGGUUUCAGAAUCACAGGUACAAGAUGAAGAGGGCGGCCAAGGAGAAGGCCAUGUCCGAACAGGCUUCCUCUAAUCAGAACGCCACGUCGCCGCGGCGCAUCUCGGUACCGGUGCUGGUGAAGGAGGAGAACGCCACCAAGGGCUCGUCGUCGUCCUCGUCAGGUGCUACAGGGGAGAGCAAGCUGGGCCACCACCGGGACUCUUCCUCUUCUUCCUCCAACCUGGGCGGCUCGAACACCUCCAGCCUGCUGCCCUCACACCUCACCUGUGACUCCGUUGGCGCCCUUGAUCCCUUCCGCACGCAGGGCUCCGCCACGCCCGUCACCGGGGCGGCCUUCCCCUCCAUGACGCCGCUACACCACAACGUUAACAACGCCUACCUCCACCACCAGCGGGCGUGGUAAGGGCGGCGCCCCUCCUCUCUCCCGGGCAUGCCGCGACUUAGACCUCCUACAGGCAGGGAUGAGGCGUAGCGCACACCACGCCACGGUGCACCUCACGCCCGGCCACGCUCCGGGACGCAGACGAGGCUCAGGCUCUGCCUCCCGUUGCUCUUCUCCUCCUCUCCUCACACGAGGAGUGAGGUGCUGUGCCCUCCGCUGCUCUACCGCCGCUGGCGCCGUCGCCGCCUCCGCCGCCGCCGCCUCCGCCGCCGCCGCCGCCGCCGCCUCAGUCUCCAGGUAAAGACAAGGUCGGCUCAACCAUCAGGAUUCAACGGCCAGCCUGUGAGGCCUCCCGCCGCCCUCCCUCCCUCCCGCCGCCGUCGCCGCUCGGCCUGGAAGCCGGCACGCCGCGGCCGCCAUGCAUUAAUCAGUGUUCCUCGUACAAAGAAAAAUAGAAAAGGUCUUAUUCAAAUAUUUUAUCCGUUUAAGUAAAUAAGAAAAAAAGGAGAGACGACGUGUGUGUUCAUAACUUGCUUCAUCACCACGAAAAUUACGUUGGAAAAUAAAGCGGCAAUGGCUCUUGAAAGUAAAACUAGUCAUUGGUAUUCCGGCGGCGCUCUCCGCUGUUGCUGAAAGUGGAUCACGCCGGGCCUCGAGGCAGCCAACAAAGGGCAGGUAUUUGCAGUAAUUCAGGGCAGAUGUGAACCUGUGACUCCCAGGAUUUAAAACUUUUGUGAUCCGACAUAUUGUGGCGGCCAAGCGAACGUGACUGGCCUCAAAAUAAUCCCUCGUUAUGCAUUCACGCCACAACUGUACAGGAGCCCGAGUGAUAACAGUGACGUGGCGGGAUAGUCAAGGGUGUUUAUUUUUCUUGGUUUGGCCUUUGAAAGUGCACGGAGAUGUUUCGUGGCGAGGUGGGCUUGUCUGCCGCUGCCUCUACCACUACCACUGCUGCUGCUGCAACCCUCGGGAGGCAUGGAAUUACUUAGAGAUGCCUGGAGACGGUGCUGGUGGAGCUGACGUUCGGGUGACAGGCUGUGUGGCAACACCUCGAGGCUUACCCUGGAGAGGCCGCUGCGAGUGUCGUGCUCAGCUGACCAGCUCGUGGUCGGAACACCUGGGCACAGAGAUGGAAAAUUGCUAACAAUUUGCUGCCGCUCUCCCCGAGGCGACGGUCGGGUGAGCGGAGUGAGCGGCGCCAAAUCUCCAGUAAAGGAUUGUAAGCUGGAAUUUGUGUCCCAUGUGGCAGUGGCGGUGGCGGCGGCGGUGGCGGUGGCGGCGGCGGUGGCAGGGUCGGGCGGCGCUGGUGCUGUCACGGCUAUGUUGUUUUUCCAUGGAGCGCACACCGUCCUCCUCAAGGGCCCUCCAGCCUGAGGGGCGCGUCCCGACCCCGCGCUGCCGGCUCUGGCUUCGGCCCCGCGCCGCGCUCAGUUUGUUUCACGGCAGCUCAUUUACCCUUUCAAGUGUUCAGUAUUACUUACUGAGCCAUUUUGUGACUGGCAAGCCAAGUGAGCAGUAGCAGCAGUAGGCGGCGGGCGGCUUGGCGAAGCUGGUGGGCGGGAGGUCGGCGGCAGGAGAUCGGGACGACACAUACCAUUUGGUUGGUCCAGCCGUAUUGAUCGGCAAAGCUGGACUUCAUAGAACCACAUCCUGGAAUGUGGGAGAUACAGGGGAAAAAUUAUGAAAAAAGUGUUUCUCUUUCACUGGAACAAAACGGGAGCCGGUGUUUGAGGGCAGCAGGGUACAGCAGGGCCAGCAGGCAGGCACCAGCAGGCGCACGCUCUCCCCGACCCUCACUCCCCUCUCCUUGCCUCCCUCCCGCAGGCCGUCCCUCCUCACCCGUCCCUCCCACCUUUCCUGCCUCUCUUCCUCCACACGGCCGAACAUCAUCGUUACUACAUCAUCAUCACGUCACUAACACGUCCUUACCCCCGGCCAGGGAGCCAGGAGGAGGAGGUGGAGGUGAAGGAGGAGGAAAGAGAGGAAGAGGAGGCAUGUGGAGGCGUGGGGGCGGCCGGGGGGUGGGCGGGGGCCUCUUCAACCUUACCACCGCCCAUUAUGAUAACACAACGCGGGCCUCGCCUCCCACCCCCGGCAGGAGGAAGGCCGCUCACAGCCAGGCGGGAGGAGGGCGAGGCGUGAGAUCCGCUACAACUUAACCCGCCUCUGUGACUCCCGAGAAACCUGAUCCAGCCAUACCUGACGCCGAGGAGCCGCCGCGUCUUCCCCAACCUCCCUGCCGGCAAGACACGCCAGGAGGAGGAUGGAAGCCGUGGGUAGCAGUCCUCUGACAAGAACUGAUAAAGCAAGGACGCGACGAAAAUGUGUGAAGAAAUAAAUAGGAAAAAAAUAUCAGAGGAACAGCCUGACGAAGGAGGAACAGGAGGAGGAGAGAGCCUAGCAUAAUACUCCCGGAACUUGUGCUUGUGUAAAUAUUGUACAUGAACCGCCUCUGCAAUAGGAGUUUUUUGACGCUUCUCCGACCAAGUUAAUGUGUCCGUAAGAAACAAAACGAAAAAAAAAAAAGAUGAUAACAAUACUUCUAACGAUACGAAUAAUAAACAUAAUGAUCAUAACAAUAAUAAUAAUAAUAAUAAUGUUAAUAAUAAUAACAAUAAUCAUAAUCAUAAUAAUAAUAAUAAUACCGCUUAAGAAUAACUAAUUAUAAUGUUAAUAAUAAUGAUAAUUAAUAAUAAUAAUGCUAAUAACUUAUUCAGUGUCAUAAUACUGUAACUGGUGUGUUCCUUGAGUCGUGUUUGGGUGGAUUGUUGUGGUGUGGGUGUUGCAUCGCGUUCACUUCCUGUCCCUUAGUCUUGUAUUGUAGCGCUGCCCCCCCAAAUCCCCUGCCCCGCCCAGCCCCCCUCCCUCCUGGCCCUGAAUGAGAGAGAGAGAGAGAGAGAGAGAGAGAGAUUUUAGAACAAACGAAACACACAUACACAAAAAAGAGAGAGGUAAACAAAAGGUCAUUGAAGAAUAUUAUGUAGUGUCCUCAUCUUUAUUUCCAUUUCCUCUUCCUCUUUUCCUUCUGUUCUUGUUCUUUUUUUUCCUUUCUCCUUCAUCCUUCUUUUGUCUUUUCCUCCAUUCACUCCUUUUCCUAUCGUCUCGUCUUGUCCCUUUCUUUCCUUUACUUUCACAUCUUCCUCCUCUUCUUUUCCUCCUCUUACUCUUCCUAUAUCUUUUUUCGAGUCUGAGGUGCUGGCUCGGUGUUGUUGUCUGUCUGUCUGUAUGUCCGUCUGUCAAUCUAACCAAACAACACCUACAAAAACUGGGAAAAAAAACAAAAACAAAUAGUGAGAAAUAUAAAUGUUUUUGAGUUCCUGUCUGGAAGUGAGGAAUAGAUGCUAAAUAUUAUAAUGGUGAAGGUCGUUAGAGUGAGUGAGAGAGAGUGAGAGGAGGAGAGAGAAGCGACCACGGAACGAAAACAACGACUUGGUCACUGAAUAAAAAGUAGUAAUGAUAGAAAAAAAGGUUUGUGUGAAUGUUUUUAUUGACACAGUGAAGGAAUGUAUGAGAGAGAGAGAGAGAGAGAGAGAGAGAGAGAGAGAGAGAGAGAGAGAGAGAGAGAGAAAGCAAUGUGAGUGGCUACCUCCACCCCUCCUCGCCCCAGACUUCCUCCCCCUCUACCAGGAGAAGCACCAGCACCAGCAGAAGCAGCAGCAGCAUUAGCAGUGACGAGAGAGACACGCCACUCACUCUCCCUCAGGGCAACAGAUGGCGUUGAUAUCGGACGUAGUUCUUGUUUCCCUUCCUCUCUAGCCCCGCUGCCUCUCACCCAGCCCUUGCCCUCGCCCCUCCACGUCUUCCUAUCUAUGUAUCAUAAUGACCUCGCUUCUCAAUCGCUUGUUUUCCACACGAGGGAUCGAACGGCCGUCCCCAACCAUCUCUGCGCUGGUGAGUGACGCGAGGCUGGGAACUCUGUCUUAGGGGCCUGCCUGUUAGGAACUCAAGCUUGCGUUGGGUUCGUCUCCCCUUAUGGAUUCUCCGAGAGUCUGUGUUGCUGUGUUAAGCCCCUCACUAUGAGACUAUACCGGGCGACGGGCUGUGGGUGGUGAGUGAGUGAGGCAGAGUGGGGACAGUGGUGGUGUGUGAUGUCAUCCCCGCUGGUGUUGUGGUGUGCGGUGGUGGUGUGGUGUGGUGGGGGGAGGGAAGGGUGUGCGUUGUCUGGUUCGUGGUGUGGUUGGCCGCUGGUGCGGUUUUGUGCUGCCAAAACCUGUAACCAGUUGUGAUAAACAGCUCUUUGUAUUUUUAUCGAUGGUUUUACAUGUUCAUUAAAGUGUUCAG